ACAAAAUAAAUUAAUUAACAUUUCAAAAAAUGGCGGCAUUAAUUCUUACAAUUUGUCAAACAAAACUACAUAAAAACGCAGAGAGUAAUUGGAUCUUAAAUGAAAUUGAAUUAUCAACACUGAUUAGAUACCCCAUAAAUCAGACGAAUAUAAGAGUAAAUUAAAAAAUAAAACACGGAACCAACCGAAUUAGUGCUAAUUAGAGAAAAGAACAACUUAACUAAUUAACUAUUUCUUUCCCUCUAUAGCCCUUAACACUCUCCAUCUACCAUUACAUAAACACGCUAAUCAGGUUUAAUUAUCAUUAUGUGUCAUUCACUUCUAACGAAUCAAAAUGAUUAUAAAUAAACAACUACAGCCAAUAUUUGGCUAAGAAAAAGGAAAAAUAAAACCUCUAUCAGCCUUUCUUUUUCUUUCAGUUUCAUUUUCUACACAACCCAAGCCCAACCACAGAGCAAUGAUAAUUGCUUAGCUGUCAAUCCAGAAACCGUAGAUGAACGGUCACGAUUUCCCCGCCGCUCAACCGCUGACGUGGAUUCCCUGCCAUUAAAUCCACAAUCAUUGGCCUUCUCUCUCUCUCCCCCCCACUCCUCUCUCUACCGCUCUCUCUCUCUACAGUUACCCUCACAACGCCAAUCAGAGAAAGAAGAAGAAGAGAAGAGAACAGAGAGAGCCCAGAAAACCCACCAAAACCCAAUUCUCACUUUCUCAAACAAAGUUCUCCACAAGGGAAAAAGCUCGCAACUUUAUUUUCCCCCAGGAAACCGAACGGGAGGAAGUUUGGUGCAGAGCUUUUUUUGGCAGGUAGCUUGGAAAUGGUGUUUUUCAUGAUUCUGUUCGCAGCGGAAGAGAAACGCGAAGAAGGCGAGUGGGAAAAAGAGAGAUAAACAAACAAACAAAAAAGGCUUAAAAAGAAGUUUUACUUUCCCCCUUUUCUACUACUACAAGAGCAGAGGGCUUUCUGCUUUCUACAGAACAGAGAGUUUUACCCUCCGGCGGGAAAUCUCCGAUCACGGAGUUAGAAGAAGGUUUCUAGCUAGCAGGUAAUUACCCUUUUCCCGUGUUUCUUUCUUUCUUGCUUCCUUUCCAUAAUUGUGUUUACAGGGAAGACGACUUUCGAAUUUCUUGCCGAAAAAUGUUUCUGCUUUUUCCUUUGCUGUUGUUGUGUUGUCUGUUGCUCUGUUUUUUGUCCAAUGUUCCUUCAUUACAUGUGACUGUGAGAAGAAGAAAAAAGAAAGGAGAGGUUGUCUCUUUCUCUUUCUCAAUGGAUUCCAAAAUCCUCCAGCUGGUGAUUUCCUAAUCUGAUGUUUACGCGUAAUCCCAAAUCACCCCCCAUGUUCUAUUGUUCCUCCUCUUUUAAGAAACCCAUUCAAACUAAUAAAAAAAAAAGUUUCACAGCAAUAUCAGGAGAUUUGGAAACAGAGCAAGUUGGUCUCUUUUUCGUGAUUGAGCUUGAUGAUGUUAGUGAUUUUUAUUCUGUAGUUAAUGUGGGUCACAAGGUUCAAAUUCAUUAGGUUAAUUAUGAUCACGUUUUGACUGUUUUAGUGAUCGGGCUAAAACUAUAAAUUCAGAGUAUAGUUGGCAAAUCGUGUAAUCAUCGAUGUUAUGCAAUUGAUCAUUGACUUCACAAAGAGAAAUUUUUGUAUACUCUAAGUACCAAUUAAUACACAAAUUUGCUUUUGUAAUGUUUAGAUUUUCCCUUUGGCAACAGGAAAUUAAGGAGACAAAAAAAAAAUGUCGGCAACCAUGCUAAGCGACCCAUUGGUAGUUUCACCAGCCGAAACUCAACCUCCUCCGCCGCCGGCAGCCACCGCCGCCGAAGUGGAAUCAGCAAGCUGCGACUGCUGCGGCCUGACGGAGGAAUGCACGCCGGCGUACAUCGAAAGGGUACGGGAGAGGUACCACGGCAAAUGGAUAUGCGGCUUAUGCGCCGAAGCGGUGAAAGACGAGAUCGUGAGAACGGAAGAAAGACUGAUAAGCACGGAAGAAGCUCUGAACAGGCACAUGAACUUCUGCAAGAAAUUCUCGUCGUCUCCGGAGCCAACUCCGAUCGACCCGACCCUGCAUUUGAUCUCAGCCAUGAGACAGAUCCUGCGACGGAGUUUGGAUUCGCCGAGGUCGUCCCCUCGAGGGUCGAGAUCUACUCCCGGAAGCCCCACGACGAAGUCUGUGGUGAAGCUGACGAGGUCCGGGAGUUGCUUCUCGACCCUGUCUAGCUGAUUAAAGUUAAUUGGAUUCAAAUCUUGGAAUCAACAUAGUUGCGUGAAAAGUUAUGGGAGGUUGCGAGAAGUGGGAAGCAUAUCGGACUGAUUAAGUCAAUUAGUUUCGAACAUUGCGACCAACAAAUCAAAGGAGGGAGAGGAUUUAAUGAGAAGGUUUUGGAUUGAAAAAGGGUAAUUAUGGAGGGUUGGGGAGCUAGGAUUAGUGGAAGAAGAAGCAAUAGGAAUUUCUCCUAAGUUAUUAGAAGUAAGGGAACUAAAUGGAAACUGAAAAUUAUAUAAGUCCUUAUUCUCAGACUCUAUCAUGUUUUUUUUUUUCUUUUUGCUGGGACUCUCUGUGUUUCAGAUGUGAAAAAAAUUGUAAAAUUUCUUCUCUCUUCUAUCUAGGUUAAAAAUUGUCUUUUCAGUUUCCAGAACUCAAGUGGAAUCAAGUCUUGUCAAAAUAAAUUGGUGUUUGGGCUUGAUUUGCAGUACAGAAUGGAAUCUUCUGUACUUUCAUACUUUACCUUAAUUUAUGGCCACCAAUAUAAUCACAGGAAAAAAAAAAACAGAACACAAAAUUAAUUAGUCAUAUCAAUCAAAUAAACUCUAUGUUCUUGGUUUAGUUAUGAAUUUUUGUGGGAGAUAAAGACUUAAUAAGUUACAAAUUUGUGAUUUGAAAGGAAAAUCACACCGUCGAACAAAAUAACAGUAGAUUACAGGUUCAAAUAUUCCGAAACUUCAAUUUAAUGGUUAUUAUUUAUCGUUAUAUUGGAUCAAUACCUUACUUGUCCACGGGAUUUAGUAAUAAACAUGUGACAAGAAAUAAUUAAAACUUUGUGAACGGUUCAUAUUACUGCUAUUGGAAAUUGUUCAUAAGAAUCAAUCAAUCUCUCAUUCGGUCUAUCAACCAUGAUCUUUGAGAUAGGAGACAUAUCACAUAUUGUGAUAUGAAUUAGAUGUUUUUUUAUCGAUUAAUUAUGUGCAUUUGUCGGAUAUUUAUAAGGUCAAAAUUACUCCACCCACUUCUAAGAAAGAGUUACUGAAAGAUACAGGAAAGGUAUAGGUUGGAUGGCAGAAUUUUUCAAUCUUAAGGAGUUGGAGAACCACAAAUUUUUAUUCCCUCAUAACAAAGUGAUGCCUCAACUUCUAUAUUGAUUCUUUCUCAGUGCCUUCCACAAUAUGACAAAAUAUGUAUACACUAUACAGGAAUAAUGACACCCUGUAAAUUAUGUUUGGUUGUUUUUUUCUAAUUUAUUUCUUUUAUAUUCAAUUGGUAAAAAUGUAGUUGUUGUAUAUAGCUGAAUAUAGAGAGGAGAUAAUUAGGUAGCAUUUUUUCUCUCUUAUCUCUAGAGAAUAUUGUCCAUCUUCUUAUAUUUAGUCAAUUCAUUCUCUAAAUAACUGCGAAAACAGUAAUUGAGCAUAUGAUAUUGUUAGUUUGAGAAUCUCUGAAUUUCACAUAUAUAUAGACAUGUUUUGUUCUCCUCAUUCACCCAUGAUUCACCAAAGAUUAUUUGGGUAUCCUUCCAAGAAAAUUGCCCUCCAAAUGAGAAGAUAGCUAGGCCCUUUAGUAGAUUAGGAAAAUUUAAGAUCGUCAUAUAUAAAAUCACUCGAGCUAAUCAUUCUUCGGUAUUGCAAAAAUUUGACCUAAUUCGCUCAAUUUUGCUUCAAUCCAAUUUUGAGUUAUAACAAAAAUGUCAAUGAUGCAUGUAGGUGGACCCAGGAUUGUUGAAAACGGUUGUAGUCUAAUGGAAGAGUAUCGACUAUAAUUAUUAAAGAGGUUCUAAAAGCUCGUAUUAAAAUUUGUUGUAAUAAUAAAAUCUUGGUUGUUCACAAAAUUUUCGGGCGAAAGGGUGUCGGACGACACCCCUUGGCCCUUGCCAACAAGUAAGUCUGCCCCUAGAUGCGUAUGAUGUAUACAACCCAAAGAAUUAAUAAGUCGUAACAAAUCAUUUGCAGACCUUACAAAUGAAUGUUUAGAAAUUUAUAUACGUAGAAUCUACAAAUCAUUUAUAACCAGUUAGAACCAACAACGAUGCAUAUGAUCUAUCCAAAGUUGAAAGUGUACCACUUAUUAGUCUAGGAAAUUGGAUAUGUACAGUGCUGCCUGCUGGUAAGAAGGAAAAACAAGAGGACAGCCAGAAUUUAAUGAUGGUAUGAAAAAGAAAUGGGCCAGAGAUGAAUGAUCAUCACCAUGCAUGAAAAAUUUUCUUCAAAAAAAAAAUGCAUGAAAAAUUAAAAUUGUACUAGCUAGCUACAUUAAUCUUCUCUAUCUCUCUAUACUCCUUGCUACAAUGAAAGCAUCCAUCUCAAUCUCUCUUUGUAACAAUGGAAUGAAUGAAAGGAGGAUAUAUAUAUAUAUAUAUGAGUUAUGGGGUUGUCCACGUCAUAUCUGAAUUAUGUAGAAAAUUGGUUGAACUCGCGAACUAUACACCUCUUGUAAGUUCGAAAUUCAGAAAUCAGCUGCAUAUGAUUCACCGUUUGAUCCAACCUCUAACUCACAUGUGAUGAUCAAUAUUCUCUCACGAUUUCUUUUGAACAAAGAAAAAGAAAAAAAAGGACACAAGAUUACACCAUGCUUCAUAAUUAUCAAUGCAUCAUAUAAUGGUUCAUUUGGUAUUUGAUGAUGCCCACAUUAUCCAUUUUGCAGUUAUGUUGUUAUGUAAUUACCAUAACUCGAUUUUAGAAUAACACUAACAUUUACCAAAGGUAAGAUAGCCUAACGGUUAACGAUAAAACUGCCGCGACAGUGAAGGAUUGGGAGUUGCAGAUCCCAGGUUCGAAUCCAAACGAGGCCCGUUGGUAUUUCCGGAGGUACAAGACUGCUAGGACGAAGCCCCGUUGGCGUCGAAUUUGAUUGCAGGUGGCCCCAUGUUUAGUAGAACCCGCUGUUACAAAGUGAUACGUGUGGCUGAAUUUCCUGGGUAAUAAAAAAAAAUUAACACUAACCUUUUGCCUAGAAAUAAUUGGUGUCUCAAUAUUAUUGGUAAUAUUUUUACUUUACGAGCUUUUGGUUAGUUCAUUUCACAACUAGAAGGAAACGGCGUUUGAAGACAUUAUUCACCAAGCUUGGCUCAUUGCCGAAAAGAAUGAAAGGAAAUGAAUAUUCCCCCUUAUUUGCUUAGAAUUGUCAUAGGAAAUUAACUAUAUAAUAAUUGCAAUGUGUAUUUUUUUUUCUCACAUUUGCCAAGGGAAUAUAUUAUGAAACCUUUU